UUUUUAUUUUUGUUAUACCUAUGCAAAAGGCACUCUUGAAUUUCCAUGAUAUAGCCAUCGUUAUUAGUGAGUAGUGUGUAGAGCGGAUAUUAAAUGCAAGCUUAACCGAAAUCGAAAGUUAAAUUCACAUUAUCGUCAUCGCCAGUAGUUGUGCUCCGCUGUGAAUAAGUGAUUGCGAUUCUGUGUAUGUGUGUGUCUGUGUCUGCACAAUAAAUAUACCCGCCCACACCCACCGUCCAAUAACUGUUAAAGCAAAUACGAGAUAAAAAAUUGCAGAAAGAUAUAAAAAAUAAUAAAUAGGAAACAUGUAAUAAACGCUUUGAAAUUGUGUAAGUUGUCCAUGAAAGCUUUGACUUCUAAAAACGAAGAGCAAAAAUACAAACAACACAAACCAAAUCGCUGCUGCCGUCAUUCGCCGCGGCAUCCGAGCGCCUGUCUUAACUAAAAAUAGCCAAAGAAGACAAAUAACAGCCCAUCCAGUAUUAUUCUACAUUCCAUCGCAUAGCCCAUAAUAACAAACAAAAGCGAACAGUGAAAACAGCUUAACCUGCUCGCCGAAACCGAAAGCCGCUAAAUUAUGGAGAGCGGGAACAACGUGGAUCCGACUGCCGGAGUUGCAUCGCCGGAGAAAUCAACAAUUGACAUCAUCCAGCAGCGUUUCAAGGCAGACGAGCAUGUUCAUCUGAUCUUUGAGGCAUAUCAAAUCAGAGGCCAGGAGCACUCCGAGGGACUGCUUACGCUCGUGUCCUCAGAAUCAGGUGGCACAUACGCAAUAAUCUCGUUCUCGCUCCUGCGCACCCCACUGACCGCAAGCAAUGAGCUAAAAAUAAAUAAUGUAUUUGCUAUUAACGGCAGUUUUAAACUGACGACAGAAACCACGGGAAUCGUAACGAAUCAAUUCAAUCUAUCAACGGACAAUGAUAGGCCAAGCAAAUACUACUAUCAUCCAAUCAGAACUGAAAUGGAGUCGGUGGAUUUUAAUGAAUUCUAUGCAAAAAUCAAUUCGUACAAGUCAUCCAUGUGGAAUGCCGAUAUGCCCUCGGAAACAACGCUCAAUUUUCGUUGGCUGGACGAUUAUCGUGAGAUCGGCGAAGUCAAGCAAGAGCUGAAGAAACGCGAGAGCCAAUAUAUUGUCUACAAGGAUUUUACUGUUUACUGCGCCACAUGGAAUGUUAAUAAUCAACCAUGCUGGGAUAGCAGCAUCUCGCUGCGCCCUUGGCUGGCACGCAGCGAUAAGGCUCCCGAUAUUUAUGUAAUUGGACUUCAGGAAAUGGAGACGACGAAAAAGGCAAUACUUAAUGCCACUCAGAUGGAAAUGAUCCAGGCACAGUGGAUACGCAAGAUGUUGGAGAACGUGCACGAAGGUGUCGAGUAUGAGGAAUUGCGCUCGGUGCGCUUGGCUGGCAUUCUCUUAACGGUCAUUGUCCGCAAGCAGCUGCGACCACAUAUACAUUGCCGCGUCUGUUGGGUGGCACGCGGUGUGUUCAAAACGCUGGGCAAUAAGGGCGGCGUUGCAGCCAGUCUGCAGCUGAACGAGGCGAACAUAUGCUUCAUCAACUCACAUCUGGCUGCUCACAUGGGUAAUGUGAUGAUUCGCAACGAGGACUACAAGGCCAUUGAGGAAGGCACACGCUUUGAUGGAUUUGGCCCGCAUCCUAUCACUAUCAGCGAUCAUGAUCACAUAUUCUGGCUGGGAGAUCUGAACUAUCGCAUACAAGAACCACCUGGGCUACAGUGCGAUGCGGAAUCAUAUGAGCUGCGGCUGCAAUACGAUCAGCUGCGCAAGGAGAUGAGUCAGGGCAGGUGCUUCAAGGGCUAUACGGAGGGUGAGAUCAAGUUUUUGCCCACCUACAAAUACGAUGUCGGCACCGAUACCUAUGACACUAGCGAGAAGCAGCGAGCGCCUGCCUAUUGCGACCGUGUACUGUGGAAGGGAAAGCGGAUCGAACAGUUGCUAUACAAUAGCGUCAUGGAGAUAAGGGAGAGCGAUCACAAGCCCGUCUUCGCCAUAUUCCGGGUUAAGAUAAAGACGCGUGAUGAGGCCAAGUAUAAGCGUAUCCAAGAAGAGGUUCUCAAGGCGGUAGACAAGCGCGAGAAUGAUAAUCAGCCGCAGAUAACCGCUGAGCGUACGGUCAUCGAAUUUGGUCUGGUGCGCUUCAACGAGCCGUCCGUGCGGGACUUUAAUGUGUACAACAACUGUCCGCAGCAGGUAGACUUUGAGUUCAAGGUUAAGGAUUCGCCAUUAAACGAUAUCUGCGAGAAGUGGCUGAAUGUGGAUCCGCGCUCGGAUAGCUUAAUGAUUGACUCGGCGCGAAGCAUACGUUUAAGAAUGAUGAUCGAUCCCAGCUCGAUAACGGGCUUACUUAAAAAGAUCUGCAAUACAUCGGGCAAAUGUGAUUUCGAUAUACUCAUACUGCAUGUGAGAUCUGGACGAGACAUAUUCAUAACCGUUACGGGUGAAUAUCAGCCUAGCUGCUUUGGUCUAUCAAUGGAGACAAUGUGCCGCACCGAUCGACCCAUCAGCGAGUACAAACAGGAUCAAGUGAAGCAAAUGAUGCUAGACGUGUCGCCUGAGUACCGUGUGACGAUGCCCCGUGAAUUUUUCCUGCUUAUAGACUAUCUACACAAGCAUGGUGAUGAGCUGAAGGGCAUUUUCCAGAGCUACGACCGCCGUCGUCAGCUGAGCAGUCACUUCAAUGCCGUACGCGACUGGCUGGACACCUGGUCGGAGGAUGAGUUUCCGGGCACACCACAAACUGCUGCCGAGGCGCUAUUGCUGUUCCUUGACCUGCCUGAGGAGGCGCUGCUGGAGCCACUUGUUGAGGAUCUAUUGGUUAGCAGAAGCAAAUCGGAGGCCAUGGAACUAAUACACAUGCUGAGCGCACCAAAACGCAAUGUCUUCAUGCAUCUGUGCAUGUUCCUACGCGAAGUCAUCGAACGCUAUGAUUAUGAACUAUCCAGCGUCGCUGCAGUCUUUGGACGCAUUCUGUUGCGCAGCAGUAAACGCUCCCUGACAAUAGACUAUCAGAACAGCUGCAGCGACUUCAUGCGGCGCUUCAUCGAAAGUGAGGACACAGCUGCCGGCGGCAAUGGAUAUGGAGGAGUGACUGGUGCCAGUUUACAGACAUAAUUUUGAUUAUGAUUGCGGUUGCGUUUGCACUUUGUACAUGUAUGCAAACAUAUGUAGUUACGCAUUAUGUAUAAUCCUAUCUGAAAUGGAUGUAAAUUAGAUAAUUAUUUAUUUUAACUGUAAUUUGAGAUGUAUUUGCCUAGUUUGCUGAUGGUACGCUUACGAGUAGUUCCUCUAUGGCCUAACAUUUACAUAUAUAUUUAUAAAAAAUAUCUUUUCUUUUUACCUGUUAAAUGUUUACGGUACAUAUUGCACGCACUGCUCUAUGUAUGAU